UAUAUAACUGACACAUGUCCACAACACAACACUGUUCAACCAGACCAAAUCCAUUCAAUAAGGAAAGAGGUAACAGACACUCAUCUGCACAGCAGGUGUGACAACAAACCCUCUGUUACAGUGAACCCCACCUAUUGGCCAGUAUGCUGCAGUUCCUGAUUCUCUUUUUGCUUCUGGACAGAAAAACUAGUGGAGGUGAAAUCAGGUUGGUGAAUGGCAGUAACUCAUGUUCUGGACGAGUGGAGGUUCUUCAUAAUGGGAUAUGGGGAACAGUGUGUUCAGAUUACUGGGAUCUAUUAGAUGCUGCAGUGGCAUGCAGAAAUCUGGGCUGUGGAAAUGCUAUAGAUGUAAAGUUUAAUGCAACUUUUGGAGAAGGUUCAGGACAAAUAUGGCUAGAUGAUUUAGCUUGUGUUGGCACUGAGUCCUCAUUUUCAACCUGUGGAGGACCACCAUGGGGAGUAAACAACUGUGGACAUAGCCAAGACGCUGGAGUCAUUUGUCAAGCUUCUGUUAGGUUAGUAAACGGCUUCAGCUUUUGUUCUGGGCGAGUGGAGGUCCUUCAUAAUGAGACAUGGGGAACAGUGUGUUCAGAUUACUGGGAUCUGUCAGAUGCUGCAGUUGCGUGCAGAGUACUGGGGUGUGGAGAUGCUAUUGAGGUCAAGACUGAUGCAUUUUUUGGAGAAGGUUCAGGACAAAUAUGGUUGGAUGAUUUAGCUUGUUAUGGAACUGAGCCUACAUUUUCAUCCUGUGGAGGACCAACAUGGGGAUCAAACAACUGUGGACAUAGCCAAGAUGCUGGAGUCAUUUGUCAAGGUUAUAUACGGUUGGUGAAUGGCAGUAACUCUUGUUCUGGACGAGUGGAGAUUCUUCAUGAUGGUCAAUGGGGAACUGUGUGUGAUGAUAACUGGGGUCUACCAGAUGCUGCAGUGGUGUGUAGAGAACUGGGCUGUGGAGAUGCUAAAGAUGCAAAGUCUAAUGCUCAUUUUGGACAAGGUUCAGGACCUAUAUGGCUGGAUGGUGUAAACUGUACUGGAACCGAGUCUACUCUAAAAAGCUGUAGAGCAAAUAAAUGGGGAGAACACGACUGUGGACAUCGUGAAGAUGCUGGAGUUAUCUGUCAAUAUAACUUCACCUAUAUCAAUGAAUCACAAAGCUGGAUUGAUGCACUGCGGUAUUGUCAAACUCAUCAUCAGACUCUUGCGCACAUAUUAAAUGCAACAGCACAGACGCACAUCACACGGAUGCUGCAGGGUAUAGAAAUUACCAAAGGAGUGUGGAUAGGACUUGAAAGAAAAAUGCAGAUCAAUUCAUCCCCUUGGCUGUGGACCGAUGGGUCUCUUGUAAACUAUUCUUUGUGGCAUCCCAGUUUUCCACUGAAUCAAAUGGGCAGGUUUUGUGGAAAACUGCUUAAGAAUUCAACAAGUAACACAUUUAAAUGGGUGGAUGAUUGCUGCUUUCAGAGCCUUCCUUUCAUCUGUCAGGGAUGAAACACUUGGUGGCGCUACAUCCUACUUUUGAAAUCUUUGACUGAUGCUGAGAGAUAUUUAGACUGUCAUGAUUAUUUGUUCAUCUUUGUUUUACAAUUUGUUACAAUAAAAUGCGCUGAUUUGUAGUAUGUAACUCUGUAUAAGUAUUAUUAAUACAUGUUCUAAAAUCUUUAAAUCUUAUGAAAAAAAUUAUACGCCUAUUCUUUGUCAGCUUAUAUGAAAUGCAUGGCUAAUAAACCAUUACUAUAAGUAAAUGUUGGUUG